AUGAAUAAGAUAAAAGGCACUUUCCAAAAAAAACUAACAACUCAAGAAUAUCCUGUAAAAAAAGAAGCAAAAUGCAUAACCAAAAAUAAAAACAUUAAUAACAUUAAUGCUGGAAAGCAUAACAAUGCGUUGGCUCAAUUAAAUAAAAAUGUAGGACGGAUAAAAGAAGAAGAUAAUAUAGUUAAUAAAAUAAAAGAGCUAAAUCUACAUUUACUGCAAAAUGAAGAUGAAAUAAAUAAUAUGCGACAGGAAAAUGAAUCACUAUCCUCACAAGUUAUUAAUUUUUCUAACAAAUGUAAAGAACUACAAUUCAUAUGUACAGAAAAAGAAAAUGAAAAUAAUCGGCUGAAAGAAAACAUUCAAAUGUUAAUGCAUGAAUUAAAUAGAAUUAAAACAGAAAAGGAAAAAAUAGAACAACAGAAUAAAGAUUUUGUAAAUAUAGACAAGAAUAAAAAUAUUGAUAUAGCUAAUAUGAAAAAAGAUAUUUUUAUUUUAAAAAAUGAACUAAAUGAAAAAGAUAAUGAAAUAAAUAAUUUAAAUGAAAAUAUCAAAUUAUUAAAUGAAAAAAUUAUUAUUAUAAAUGAGGAAAAUAUAAAAAACAAACAAGAUGUAAACAAUAAUAUAAAGAAGCAAGAUAAAAUAAAUGAGAAUGUAAAUGAAAAAGAAUUUCAAAUACAAUCAUUACAAGAUAAGAUACACAAAUUAAACAAAAUUAUUAAAGACAAAAAUGAAGAUAAUGAUAAAUGUAAAAAAAAAAUAUUGCUGCAGAAUGAUAAACUUACUUGUCUAAAUAAUAAAAUACAAAAUCUAGAAAAAAAACAAGCAGAUGACAUCGAAAAAAUUAAAAAAUAUACAGAAAGCAUUAAACUUAUAAAAAAGAAAUAUAACAAUAAUAAACGACAGGAGAAAGAGGAUGAAAACAAAAUGGUUGAUCACAAAAAGCAACAUGAGGAUUCUAUAUUUAAGUCACAGUUUUAUAAUGUAAAUAAAAAAAAUAAAGACAAAAAAAUUAGCCAAGUUACAAAUAUUCAAAAUCAUCAAAAUAGUUUUCUAACAAAAUCAAAAAACAUAAACAAAGAGAAAAGCAAUAUAAGCAAUACUACUAGCAGUAGUAGUGACAGUGAUGAUAGCGAAAUUCAGAGUCCUCAAAUUGUUAAUUUCUCCGAAAAGUAUAAUGUAAAUAAAAAUAUGAAGAAAGGCAAAGAUACAAACAAAAUAUAA